AACUCCGCCCUCACUCUCACCACUUUACAAAAACCCUCCUGAUACCCUAACCUCCUCUCUGCUCCCUUAUCCUCGAAUAAAAACCUCUCCUUCUUCAAAAUCUCUCUCUCUCUCUCGCAUCCCAUUUCUUUUCUCAAAAUAAAAAUCUCGUUUUUCCAAAGAAAUGGCGGCCGCGCCAACGCAGUCUCCACCGCCUCCAUCCUCUCCAUCCCUCGCCAGGGAGUUUUGAGGAAGAACCGAGGUCAGAGACCUGGCAGUGCUAGUUUCAGGAGAAUGGCGGUUAGGGCAUCGGCCAAAGAUGUGGCUUUCGAUCAGAGAUCAAGGUCCGCUCUCCAGGCUGGCGCCGAUAAGCUCGCCGAUGCCGUCGGGGUCACUCUCGGACCCAGAGGGAGGAAUGUUGUCUUGGAUGAGUAUGGGAACCCCAAAGUGGUGAAUGAUGGGGUCACUAUUGCUCGGGCCAUUGAGCUUUCUGAUCCUAUGGAGAAUGCUGGUGCAGCUUUGAUAAGAGAGGUUGCAAGUAAGACCAAUGAUUCUGCUGGUGAUGGCACCACAACUGCAUCUGUUCUUGCCCGAGAAAUCAUCCAACUGGGUUUGCUAAAUGUUACUUCUGGUGCUAAUCCUGUUAACAUUAAAAAGGGCAUUGACAAAACUGUUCAGGGGUUAGUAGAAGAGCUUGAAAAGAAAGCACGGCCUGUAAAGGGUCGUGGUGAUAUCAAAGCCAUUGCUUCUAUCUCAGCUGGUAAUGAUGAGUAUGUGGGUGAGAUGAUUGCUGAUGCUAUUGAUAAAGUCGGUCCUGAUGGUGUUCUAUCUAUUGAAUCUUCAUCAUCGUUCGAGACAACUGUUGAUGUCGAGGAGGGAAUGGAGAUUGAUCGAGGCUAUAUCUCCCCGCAAUUUGUCAAUAACCCUGAAAAGUUGAUUGUGGAAUUUGAGAAUGCCAAGGUUUUAGUAACUGAUCAGAAAAUUUCUUCGAUAAAGGAAAUAAUACCGUUGUUGGAGAAGACCACUCAAUUACGAGUUCCGCUUCUAAUCAUUGCUGAGGAUGUGACUGGUGAGGCAUUGGCCACCCUCGUUGUCAACAAAUUGAGAGGUAUUCUUAAUGUUGCUGCAAUUAAAGCACCUGGUUUUGGUGAGAGACGGAAGGCUCUUCUUCAAGAUAUUGCUAUUGUAACAGGAGCUGAGUUCCAAGCCAAAGAUCUAGGUUUGCUGAUAGAGAACACACAAGUGGAGCAGCUUGGCACAGCAAGAAAAAUCACAAUCUCUCAGAGCUCCACGACCAUCAUUGCAGAUGCAGCAACCAAAGACGAGAUUCAGUCCAGAAUCGCGCAAAUAAAGAAAGAGCUUGCAGAGACUGAUUCUGUUUAUGAUACUGAGAAGCUUGCAGAGAGAAUUGCUAAGCUAUCUGGUGGUGUUGCAGUCAUUAAGGUUGGUGCUGCUACGGAGACAGAGCUUGAAGACCGCAAGCUCCGGAUAGAGGAUGCUAAAAAUGCCACUUUUGCUGCUAUAGAGGAAGGCAUUGUACCUGGUGGAGGUGCUGCUUAUGUACACCUCUCUACUUGUGUUCCUGCUAUAAAGGAUAAGUUAGUAGAUGCUGAUGAGCGUCUUGGUGCUGACAUUAUUCAAAAGGCACUAGUGGCACCUGCAUCUCUGAUAGCUCGCAAUGCUGGAGUCGAAGGAGAAGUGGUAGUCGAGAAAAUAAAGGACAGCGAGUGGGAAGUUGGAUACAAUGCAAUGAACGACAAGUAUGAGAAUCUCGUUGAAGCUGGUGUAAUCGAUCCGGCCAAAGUGACGAGAUGUGCGCUUCAGAAUGCUGCGUCUGUCGCUGGGAUGGUUCUUACUACCCAGGCCAUAGUUGUGGAGAAGCCCAAACCUAAGGCUCGUCCUGUGGCUGAACCUGCACCAGGCCAACUUGCUAUUUAAGUCUUGGGGUCAUUUUGAGGUGAGAUAAUUAAAGGCGGCUACCUUGCAUAUUCUUGUUUAGAGGUAGAGUUAUAAUAUUUCUGCGGUUAAUUUCCUUGGAAUUCACUAAUUUGAAUGUAAUCAUCUAUGAGAACUGGGUACUAUAAUUGGUUCUUUCUAAUAUCUGCAGCAAAAAAUUUUGAUUCUAGUAUGUGAUUCCGAGUGAGAUUGAUGUGCUUC